AUGAAAUUGACACUAAAGCUUUAGCAUAUGCCCAGAGACGUGAAGAAAGAUGCUUAGAUGCAUUACAGACAAAGAUAGAAAAUAAUCGCCUGAAUGAGAAACGGUUCAAUCAACUGGAGCGUGAAUAUAGCCAGUAUGAGCAGGAAAUUCAAGAUCUCAAUAAAGAUAUAGAGCAUCUUGAGAAAGCUUCAAAAGAAGAGAUAGUAGAGCUAAGAUCUAAAAUCUCCAGUCUAAAAAGUCAGCUAUAUCAAGCUAAAAAAGAU